UCACAAGAUCGAUGAUUGAAUGAAGAGAUUAAUUAGCUUAAUGAACUUUAACAACGAAAAUAAAGACAAAAAAAGAAAGAGACUAAAAGAGAAGCGGAAAAUUAACUUAACCGGACCGGUUGUUUUCUUACAUCAGGUAAACUUUGUUUUGAUUAUUCGGUUUGUUUUGUUUUUCUAUUCUCUUGUUUUUUUUCUAUUUACUUUUGUUUAAUUGUUCCAAACAAUUUAAAUUCUCUGUUGAUUAACAUCUUAUUUACCUAACGAGCACCCGGCUGUUGGUGAACUAUCAUCUAAAAGUGAUUCUAAUUGUAAUAUAAUCAAUUCCAAUUUGUAUCAUGUUACCCAAACUCUUCAUUCAAGAAGCUUUUUGUUAACAAUUCUGUUGAUGGUUAUUUCUUUCAUUUAUUAUAUUUAAAUUGUUGUUAAAUAUGUUUUCUAAUCUUGAUUUGAUUGUUCUUCAUUUUAUCAACUUUAAAUCUUAAUUGAUUGUGUGAGUUUUCAGAAAUCUAAAAGAAAUCGGGUUAGUUAUUUACUCCGAUUGCAAAUUUUAACCUACGUAACUGAAAGCAACACUUUGGGCUCACACUAAUAUGCAGAGUCGCUGGUUAUACUGGUUACACUGGUUAACCUUGAUUACUGGCUUAAUUGUUGGUGUGCUAUUUGCUGUUUCCUGGGAGAUUUACAAUCUAUUAUUAAAUGUUGGUGAUGAUUACCACCGAUCUUAUAAUGUUUGGUCAGCUAACGAUGCUAAAAUCAACGGCGAUCAUUUAAAUUAUGUCAACAUGGAUUCACUUGAAAGUUACUUUGCCAGUGAUGAUGAGAUGAUGAUGAUUCCUGAUGAAAACAUGAAAACCCAAAUGAAUUCAAUUAAAUUAACAUGUUUAAUUCAAGUGAAAAAAUCCAACAUCCUGUCAACUCUUAAUCAAACUUGGGCUUCUCGAUGUAAUCAAUCAUUUUUUUACUUUUCAUCAUCUGAUUUACCUGACAAUUCAACUCUACCCAAUGUUGAUAAUAUCGCCUUAAUUUCAGGCUCAUCAAGUAGAUUAUUUUUCAAAUCAAAACUCUCAUCAUGGAAAUUAUUUUGCUCCGUUUUGUUGAAAACUAAUUUCAUCAAAUCACAAUAUUCAUCAGCUGAUUGGUUUUUAAUUGCUCCAAGUAACGUUUUAUUUAUCAUUGAAAAUCUCCGUCGCUAUUUGAUCUCAUUCAAUUCAUCUAAUCAAUUCUAUCUUGGUCUUCCAUAUAACAAUCAUGCUCCAAUUAAUUACAAUUCCUUUGAUUCUGGAAUUGUCCUGAGUAGAGCUGCUUUUAACUCUUUGAUGGAAGUAAUCAAAUUAACGAACAAUUGUAAUAGUAAUUAUCUCUCCAGUAAAAGACUAUCACUCGAUCGCCGUAUGGAUGUAGCCAUUGGUCAGAUUCUCAAUACCCAUGGAGUCGAGCCACUGGACACUCGUGAUAAGCUUGGACGCGCUCGAUUUUUAGGACUUUCAUUGGAUCGGCACAUUUUCGCCGAUGAUCUCGACUUUGACCAUCCCUUUUGGCAGCAUAAUGUUUAUCAUUUUCCAAAUGGACCUAAUUGUUGUAGCGAUCAUUUAAUAUCCAUCCCUGAUUCGAGUAUGAGACAAAUAAGAUUCUAUUAUUAUCUAAUGUACCAAGUACGAGUUAAUGGACGUUUGAAUCCUCUCACAGGUCGAAUAUAAUUAAAUCAUUUCUUCCUUUAAAAUAAACAAUUAAUAACGAAAAUCAGAAAUCGGAAUAAUUAUUAUUCUCAGUUAAUUGUCAACCACCAAUAACAUUGAGUUAUAAAUUUAAUUCAUUGAUUGUGAUCAAAGAGCAACAAAUCUGUGAUUGUGAGUUACAGGAAAAAGAAAUCAUGUAAUUAUGUUGAUUGUAAACAGUUUAAUUACCAAUUAAAUAUUUUUCGUAAAAAAAUGAAA